CCUCCCUUCUCAGUCAGGCAUGUCCAGUCUCCAGGCGCUGUGCUCCGGCCUGCCCUUGCGACCACUCCCGGAGAACCGGGGCCGGCGGGCCGGGGUACCCCAUGCCCCGGUCAGGACCCCCGGCCUCAGCCCUGCUGAGCAGCAGCUGGCACUGAGGAAUGCCCUGCGCUACUUCCCGCCGGAUGUCCAGGAGCUGCUGGCCCCCGAGUUUGCGCAGGAGCUGCAGCUGUACGGGCACAUCUACAUGUAUCGGUUCUGCCCUGACCUUGAGAUGAAGGCCUAUCCGAUUGAUCAGUACCCCUGCCGGACACGGGCGGCCGCGACCAUCAUGCACAUGAUCAUGAACAACCUGGACCCCGCUGUGGCCCAGUUCCCCCAGGAGCUGGUGACCUAUGGAGGAAACGGUCAGGUGUUCAACAACUGGGCUCAGUUCUGGCUGACCAUGUCCUACCUGGCCAAGAUGACGGAGGAGCAGACUCUGGUCAUGUACAGCGGACAUCCUCUGGGCCUCUUCCCUAGCAGCCCAAGUGCCCCUCGGCUGAUCAUCACCAAUGGCAUGGUCAUUCCCAACUACUCCUCCAGGGCGGACUAUGAAAAGCUGUUUGCUUUGGGGGUCACCAUGUACGGCCAGAUGACAGCGGGCAGCUACUGCUACAUUGGGCCCCAAGGGAUUGUCCACGGCACAGUGCUCACCGUGCUGAACGCCGGCCGCCGGUACCUGGGGGCCGAGGACUUGGCUGGGAAGGUGUUUGUCACCUCUGGACUGGGUGGCAUGAGUGGGGCUCAGGCCAAGGCCGCGGUCAUCGUGGGCUGCAUUGGUGUGAUUGCGGAGGUGGAUAAAGCGGCUCUUGUGAAGCGCCACCAGCAGGGCUGGCUGAUGGAAGUGACCGACAGCCUGGACCGCUGCAUUGAGAGACUCAGGGAAGCAAGGAAAAAGAAGGAGGUGCUCAGCCUUGGUUACCAUGGCAACGUGGUGGAUCUUUGGGAGCGCCUGGUCUACGAACUGGACACAACCGGGGAGCUCCUGGUGGACCUGGGCUCAGAUCAGACGUCCUGCCACAACCCAUUCAACGGCGGCUACUAUCCGGUGCAGCUCAGCUUCCCGGAGGCCCAGAGCCUCAUGGCAUCUGACCCUGCUGCGUUCAAGGCCCUGGUGCAGGAAAGCCUGAGAAGACAGGUCUCAGCCAUCAACAGACUGGCCCAGGAACACUUCUUCUUCUGGGACUACGGCAACGCCUUCCUCCUGGAGGCCCAGAGAGCAGGGGCAGAUGUGGAGAAAAAAGGUGCCAAUAAGACGGAAUUCCGCUACCCCUCAUAUGUCCAGCACAUCAUGGGGGACAUUUUCUCCCAAGGAUUUGGGCCUUUCCGCUGGGUAUGCACGUCAGGGGAUCCCCAGGACCUGGCUGUCACAGACCAGCUGGCCACAUCUGUGCUGGAGGAUGUCAUUGCUGCUGGAGUGAGGCCAUCUGUGAAGCUGCAGUACUUGGACAAUAUCCGCUGGAUCCGAGAGGCUGCCAAGCACCGCCUGGUGGUGGGCUCGCAGGCAAGGAUCCUGUACUCGGACCAGAAAGGUCGCAUCGCCAUUGCUGUGGCCAUCAACCAGGCCAUCGCCCGUGGCAAGAUCAAGGCGCCGGUGGUCCUGAGCCGAGACCACCACGACGUGAGUGGCACUGACAGCCCCUUUCGGGAAACUUCCAACAUUUAUGACGGCUCCGCCUUCUGCGCAGACAUGGCAGUGCAGAACUUUGUGGGAGACGCCUGUCGCGGGGCCACCUGGGUUGCCCUUCACAAUGGAGGCGGUGUGGGCUGGGGUGAGGUGAUCAACGGGGGCUUCGGCCUCGUGCUGGACGGGACCCCGGAGGCCGAACAGAAAGCCAGGAUGAUGCUUAGCUGGGAUGUCUCCAACGGCGUGGCCCGGCGCUGCUGGUCCGGGAACCAGAAGGCUCGUGAGAUCAUCUGCCAGACCAUGCAGGAGAACAGUGGCCUGGUGGUGACGCUCCCCCACGAGGUGGAGGAUGAGCGCCUGCUCCAGCGGGCCCUGCGGCCCUGACCCCUGGAUCCCCUCUGUCCCCUCCUCCCAGCCCCCUCCUGGGCUUCAGCACCUGACAUCAUUGGCUCUCCUUGAAGCAGAGCCUCUGGAGAGGUGUCACAAGUGGCCCCAUUGUAAAGAUGAGCUGGAGGAACCCCGGAGAGCUGAAACCCUUUGCCAGUGACCUGUGCUCAGCCCCAGGUAGACCGAGGAUGUCAUGGGCAGAGCUGAAUCUGCCUCCAGUCUGUCAUGAACAGGUGCCUGGAGGUUUUGAGGAGUUACUGGCCAUGGCUCCUGAUUGAGCUGUACAGCAAGUAGGGUCCUCCUGGGCUUGUUUGGCCGGUUUGGUCCUCAGGCUCCACCUCCCACCUGCCUGUCCCUUGUCUGAAGCUUGUUCUCUAUCCCUCUGUCCGGGCAAGUACUGUCAUCUGUCCUCCAGUGCCCCAGGCUUGGGGACACAAAGGGCUGGAGCAUACCCUGGGCUAUGCAGCAGUGUGAGGAGGAAGACAAACAGAAUAAAAGAUGAAGAAGA